AUGAUCUUGGCAGGAAUAGUGGUGCCGCCAGUGGUGGAGACUAUCAUCAGUCUGGUGAUGCUUUCCCGCGGUCAGGGGGAGUCGGCCUCAGCAGAAGAUGCGAAGCAGGAGGCUGAGACAAAGCCUGAGUUGGAGGGCCUUGACAGCGCGCAGAAGUUCCGGGCCAAAGCUCGACUAUUGGGUGCUGUGAUGAUUGGCGACUUCUUCCACAACCUAUCCGAUGGCUUCUUCAUCGGAGCAGCGUUCCAAGUUUGUGGCAAUGCAUUUGGCUGGAGCGUGGCUACGGGCACGAUCCUGCAUGAGCUGCCUCAGGCAAGAGACGACGAGCUCGCGGACUUCGUCAUCUUGACUGGUCCAGUGGUUUCCAUGUCCUCUUUGAAGGCCCUGGCGUUCAACUUCCUGAGUGGUCUCAGUGUCCUCCUUGGAUGCCUCAUCAUCUAUCUGACGAAAGUUGACGACUCCCUUGUUGGCCUCAUCCUGGCCUUUGGUGGUGGGGUGUAUUUGCAUGUCGGUGCUACCGAUUGCUUGCCAAAGAUGUACGACCCCAAGCUCACCUUUGGACAGCGAAUCUGCGCUUUUCUAUCUUUCGCGGUUGGGGCUAUUUGCAUUGGCUUGAUUCUCAUCGGCCACGAACACUGCAUAGCUGAGGGGGCGGCCCACGACCAUGGUUCGGGGCAUGCCCACUAA